GACACGGCGCACGGCUAUAUGGGACAGAUGGCUGUUGCUAAUUAACGUGCACGUAUUAGUCAUUGGACCGUGUCCAUUUCAGCACUGCCCGAUAAGGCCAGUUAAAUAAGAGUCCACUCCAACAAUUCUCUUCCUCCAUUCAAACACACACUUACUCAUACCAUCGAACAAGGAAAUCAUGCCCAAAGCAGUAUUAGCCAAGCAGGUCGGAAGCCUUUCAGACAAUAUAUAUGUCGGAGAUGUCGAAAAGCCAACGCCAGGGCCGGGGCAGGUGGUUAUCAAAGUCCACUCUGCAGCCAUAAACCCCAUAGACUGGAAAAUAGUCAAAUCUGGCUUCAUGGUCUCGUCUUGGCCUUCACAGCUCGGCAUCGAUCUUAGCGGGACCAUCGACUCCCUCGGUCCCAACACUGAGGAAUCCGGUUUCAAACCUGGGGACCAAGUGUUUGGAAGUUCCAUUUUACAAGCCUUUAGCGAAUAUGCUCUAGCAGAUGCAAACAACAUUCACAAGAAACCCUCCAACCUCUCUUUUGACGAGGCUGCUACACUUGGCACAGGACUGAACACGACGAUUGUUGGGUUAUUUUCAGAGACAAGUGGGUUGGGGCUGGCUAGGCCACAGGAGAACAGGCGGUGGUUUGUUCCAGAGUGGGUGCUUGUGUGGGGUGGAGCUACUUCGAUGGGCGCUUAUGCGGUACAGUUGGCGGCUGCUGCUGGAUAUAGCGUCGUUGCCACCGCGUCCCCUAAAAACGCCGAGUAUGUCCAAUCUCUAGGCGCUGUCCAAGUCUUUGACUACAACGCCCCGGACACUGUUGCCAAGAUCCGUGAACAAACAGGUAACCGUCUGCGACUCGCCUUUGAUGCCAUUGGCGGCGAGAUCCCAGGCCAAAUCGUCGAGACACUUGUCGCAAAUCCAGAGUUUCCCUCUACCAUCGUUAGUCUGCUCCAAAAAGCAGAUUCAUUGACAUUGCCUGACGGCGUGAACUUCAAAGCUGUGUUUGGAGCGGCGCCUGAGACAGUCGAGUUUGUAUCGGGCGUCAUAGACGAGGUGCUUGGGUACAUUCAGGAGGGAAGGAUCCGUCCAAAUCGGGUCAAGGUCAUCGAUGGGGGAUUGGAAGGUGUUAAGGAAGCACUCGAGUUGUCUGCAGCUGGAAAAGUCAGUGCAGAAAAGCUCGUCGUGCAAGUUUCCGCUUAAUGAUGGCAAGGUUUUGGAUAGCAUUAUGCCCUUGCACUUUGUAUCUAGUUUGACAGUUUUCUUAGUUACCAACGGCAAGCUUAUUGAGAUAUAUCAAUGGACAUAUUCUCUCAUUCAUCAUGAUAAAUAGUAUUUCUUUGUUUGACAAAAUUAAGGAUUCUUGGGCACCACAAAAAGUCUACGCAAAACCAGUACAACAUUAACCCGCUCUUGACCAACGAGUGCGAAUGACACAAUAUACACAGCAAAAACUA